CACAUAAUCACAUGGAAUGUGGGCGGUGCCAUGCCGCCGGAUGACAUCACUGCUCUGCUGGGAUUGCACGUUGGGGAUGGAAACACAGACAUGUAUAUCAUUGGGCUACAGGAAGUCAACUCCAUGAUCAACAAAAGGCUGAAAGACGUUCUCUUCACAGACCAAUGGAGUGAUGCCUGCAUGGAGAGACUCAGCCUCUUCGGAUACAUACUGGUGACGUCCCAGCGGAUGCAAGGGGUGUUGCUGCUGGUGUUUGCUAAGUACUACCACCUCCCCUUCCUCCGAGGGGUGCAGACAGAGACCACCCGCACUGGCCUGGGGGGCUACUGGGGUAAUAAAGGGGGUGUGAGUGCGCGCAUGUCUGUGUUUGGUCACACCAUCUGUUUUCUGAACUGCCACCUGCCGGCCCACAUGGAGAACUCUGAGCAGCGCAUGGAGGACUUUGAGAGCAUCCUGCAGCAGCAGCAGUUUGAAGGCCAGGCUGCCACAGGGGUGCUCGACCACGAUGUGGUGUUCUGGUUUGGAGAUCUGAAUUUCCGCAUUGAUGAACUGGAGAUUCCGGCAGUGAAAACAGCCAUUGAUAACAACAAACUCACCAUGCUGUGGGAGAAAGACCAGCUGAACAUGGCCAAAGACAGCGAGACGGUGCUGGUGGGCUUUCUGGAGGGACCUCUCAAAUUCCCUCCCACUUACAAGUUUGACGUGGGGACAGAUACAUAUGAUACAAGUGGGAAGAAGCGUAAGCCUGCGUGGACAGACAGGAUCCUGUGGCGUCUGAGGGCCACAGCUCCCUUUGGGCAGGCCCCUAAUGCUGGGAAGAGAGGCUCUGUGUCAGGACUGAGCAGCGGGACCAAGGUCACCCAGCACUUCUACCGCAGCCACAUGGAGUACAUGGUCAGCGACCACAAGCCUGUCUCUUCCAUCUUCACCCUCCAGUUCCCCUAUAAGGUGGACAUGCCACUGGUGACAAUCAUGGUGGAGGAUGAGUGGAACAGCAUUGCAGACGCCACGUGCACAUUCAAAGCUGCACCUAAUUUCGCACGCAGCUCCUGGGACUGGAUUGGGCUGUACAAGGUGGGAUUCAAACACCAUAAGGACUAUGUAGGCUAUGUGUGGGCCAAGCAGGAGGAGGCAGAUUACCAUAGAGUAGAACACGAGGUGACCUUUACCGAGGAAGAAUUGCCCAAGGGCUCAGGAGACUUCAUUUUGUGUUACUAUAGCAACAACACGAGCACCCUCGUGGGUGUGACAGAGCCUUUUCAGAUCCAGCUGCCCACCUCCAGCCCCGCCGGUAGCCCCUCUGACGACAGUUCUGACUUCACCUCUGAGGACGACAGCACAGUGGUCGGUAUGAAGACCAAAUCCCGCAGUCCCAGCCCCCGGAAAAAGAAGCACAGAACACGACACAGCCAAAGCCGCAGUCCCAGCCACAGCCGCAGUGGCAGCCCUGCUCUGCCCGAAAUGAAGGGCCUCAAGCUGCAGCCUGGCUUGGCCCACAACACCACUGAUGGCUCUGCCUCUGGCAAUGCCCCAGAGGGUACGGAUCGGGAGAAGGUCUCAGCUGAGGCUGGAAAUACAGGGUUGUGAUGGAGCCCCUGUUAUCCUGCUCUCACAUUACCAACUAUGUGUGGUUUCUUUAUACAUGAUGCACUGUAGUGUAUUGUAUGUUUCCUUUAUUGAAAAUGUACAUUUGCGGAUGCCAUUUGUUUCAGAACUGGGGUUAGGCUUCUGGUGCAGGAAGACUACUUUAUCUUGUGUGAUUUUUCUUAAGCGGUUUUCAAGUGUAUAUCUCCCUGUAGGUUCUCUCAUUCCUCACUCUGUCACUCUUCCCUCUCAGGCAUAGAACAUACAGGGAGCUUUUGGCUGAUUUCAAUUGGUUCUUACUUGGCAAAUCAUUACCAAAUCCCAGGCAGAGGGAAAUUGCUACCAAAUGCAUUUCGGGUCCAUAUCGGCGGCAGUUUCACAGAUAUUUUGAAGCAGCAUAAUAUUUCCCCCUCUAUAUCAGCCCUGGUGGCUUAGUCAGCAGAUCAGCAUGUGUGUGAGCAUGAGGAAAUGCUGUCUCCCGAUGAGGUAAACGAUUAGUUUGACUCCCAAAGGGAACAUUCCUCGCAAAUAGGAAUAAUCCCUAUUUGCUUUAGCAGGUCCUGUCCUACAUUUCAAUACAGCAUUGUGUCUACUGCUACAUACAUUCUCUAAGGGACCAGGUUACCAUGGACAAAACCAUUUGGUUCCACAGUAUGUGCAACCCCUUGUGAGUUGUGAGCGCACCUCUGAGCGGCAGGUCUUUGUAAAACUAUCCUGAGGCCUGACUGCCAUGAUGAAAAAACAAGGUAAAAAAUGGCAAUGUUCAUCUUCAGGUUACUGAUGUUCCCAGCUGUCCUCUUUCCUUCCCUCCCCAUCUCUAUCUGUCUCUCUUAUGUCCCCUCUCUCCCUUUUUCCCUUUGGGUGAUGGUGAUUAGCAGACACUGUUCUGUCACUAGUAGUGAUGUGUUGAAUUGUUAGCGUGUGACCUCCAAUGAGCCAUCCUAAACACUUUGUACCUAUGGGCUGUUGGCUUAGGACAGUGUGUGCUGUUGUACUGUAACCUCAUUGUGUGUGUGUUCAUGUAAGUAUGCCACUAUGAGUGUGUUUUAUGAAAGUUUGGGUUUGCAGAAGUGCGUGUGUAUUUGUGUGAUUGAUAGUGAUGUGUGUAUGUGCUUGCAUGGUUUUCUGGACUGUACAUUCCGGUACUGUGAUUUUGUGCUGUUAAAAGUGCUGUUUUAGAUUCCUCUUUGUAAGAUACUUAGCUGUUGAGAAGUGUUAGGAAAAACAUGUGAUGAUGACCGUGUAAACACAACAUUAUAUGGUAGAUAUAGCUACAUAAGGAAAAUGAAAGAAUGAAUCAGUUUGCUAGCAGAACAACAAUAAAUACUUGUAUUUAUUUUAUUCAAUUUUUUCAUCUUAUUUAAAAUAUAGAAAAUACAAUGUAGAUAGUUUGAAGCUUAUCCAAGGUAAAGGAUCAGUGCUGCAUACAGUAUGUGCAAGUGAACUUGACUUUUGUUGUUGUUGUUAUGUAUUGAUUAUGUGUAUCAAUCAAUAUAACUGAAUUGAUCCAAAAUACGGUUAUAGAAAAGGUGAUAAGGAAAGACUAGAUCUGAAAGUCAAGUUGAAUUGUCCUUUGUUGUUUUAGUCUUUGGCAACGUCUCGCUCCCAUACUGUACGUGCAAUGAAAAAUAUGUGAGUAGUAACUAAGAAAUGUUAUUGAAAGCUUAUAUUAUGUUUAAAAAAAAUGAGAGUAGGUUAUGUAUGUAAAGGACAAAUAUCAAAUAGAGAACAGAUGACAAUCAGUGCCCAAAAAGAUUAUUAUACUUAAACAUUAUGCAUUUAUUUUCUUAUUUUGUGUCAAAAGAGAGCCUGAAUUCUGCUGGCCAGUGUGGGUGAAAAAGGGUUUCAAGUUCUAUUCAAUUUAAUAGGCUAUAUUGUGUAUACAUAUUUGUUUUAUAUUUAUUUUACUUUUAUAUUUAUUCAUGCACAACAGUUUUAUGUGGAGGCAAAAAUAAUCAACCUAUUUUCACUUGGUUUAUCUGUGAUUUCAGAUCAAAAGUAGGUUAUGUGCAUUGUAUUGGCUCUGCAAGCUUGUAUGUCAUUGGGAUCUGAGGAGACUGUCUUAAAACAUCUGGGCAACAUCUGGGCAACAUUGUCAGAGGCAUGAAUUGGUUAGUUGUUGAAUGUUGAUGUUGGAGGGUGGUGUGUGGACUCGUCCGCUGGGGUCAGGGCACAGAGGGGGAACUCCUCUGCUUUCCAGCUCAACACCUCUGUCACACACACACACUGUUCAGAGAUAAAAUAAAAC